UUUUAUCUAAAAUAAUUAAAAUUCUGAAAAAUUCGAAUUGAAAUAAUAGUGGCCUUGUAUUUGAUAUAUUUCGUCAAGAUCACAUUACUAUUUGUCACAAGAAAAACUACGACAGACAAUGUAAUUAACGUUAUCAAGUCACGUAAGAGUAUAGGAAAGUUGGUUAGUUCCGCAGUAGGUCAAUGGUACGAGCAUCGCGUGCCGGUAACGAAGGACUGACGUCGGCAUCAGGCGAGUGAGCCGUGGGGCGAGGGAGUCGUCAGUCGAGUGUGGUUCAAGACGCGGCGGGCGGCAGUUGUUCAGACACCGCACGGUUAACACAUUCCUCCGCCUGUUAACGCGUUUACCGUGUCCGUGAAAGUUAUAAUCGUGUCACAUUACCGUAACGAUGGGCGGUAGAGUCGAGAACGUCGGCAUUCUUGCCAUGGAAAUAUAUUUCCCAUCACAAUACGUCGACCAACAGGAAUUGGAAAAAUUCGACGAAGUCGCCGCAGGGAAGUACACGAUCGGUCUGGGGCAGAGCAAAAUGGGGUUCUGUUCAGACCGGGAGGACAUAAAUUCUCUGUGCCUCACCGCUCUGCACCGGCUUAUUGAGAAGAACAAUAUAAAUCUACAUGACAUUGGGAGGUUAGAAGUUGGCACUGAGACCAUAAUAGACAAAAGUAAAAGUGUUAAAACUUUUCUUAUGACAUUGUUUGCAAAGGAAGGUGCAACAGAUAUUGAGGGGAUUGAUACCACUAAUGCUUGUUAUGGAGGCACAGCUGCUUUGUUUAAUGCAAUAAAUUGGGUGGAAUCAUCAUCGUGGGAUGGCAGAAAAGCCAUUGUGGUGGCUGGUGACAUUGCUGUGUAUGGCAAAGGACCUGCAAGGCCUACAGGAGGAGCUGGUGCUGUUGCAAUGCUGAUAGGACCUGACGCACCCUUAGUUUUUGACUGUGGAGUUCGUGCCUCAUAUAUGACCCAUGCUUAUGACUUUUACAAGCCAGACUUGGCAUCUGAAUUCCCCUUUGUUGAUGGAAAGCUGUCUAUACAGUGCUACCUGAGUGCUUUAGAUAAUUGUUACAAUUUGUUCUGUAAAAAAAUGAGGAAAGUUGACCCUGAUUUUAAGGGUUUAUUGAGUUUGGACGGUAUGUUAUUUCACUCUCCAUAUUGUAAGCUUGUACAAAAAUCACUGGCUAGAGUAAGUUUUAAUGAUUUUCUUAAUGCACCUGAAGGGGAGAGAGAAAAGCAGUUUCCCGAUCUAUCACAGUUUAGCAACUACCAAAGAGCGAACACAUAUUUUGAUAGAGAUGUGGAGAAAGCCUUUAUGACAUACAGCAAAGAACUUUUUGAAGAAAAAACCAAGCCUUCACUCAAUAUAGCUCGCAAUGUAGGAAAUAUGUACACCCCAUCCUUAUAUGGUGGACUUGCUUCAUAUUUAGUUAGCAAAUCACCGGACCAGUUAAUCGGAAAGAAGUUUGCCCUGUUCUCCUAUGGUUCUGGGCUAGCCUCAACUAUGUACUCUAUAAAUAUUUGUAAUGACAUGAGCGCUGGCUCCAAAUUAGAGAAACUUAUAAAUUCCUUAAACAAAAGUGUUGCAAUGUUGGAUCAAAGGCAAAGUGUAGAACCGCAGUUAUUCUCUGAUCUUAUGCAAGUGCGAACAGAAAAUUAUCAUACUGCACCAUAUGAGCCAUCAGGGCCUGUAGAUAUACUAUUCCCUGGCACAUACUAUCUUGUGAAAAUAGAUGACCAAAGAAGACGUACCUACGAUAGAAAACUAUGAAGCAUUUAUUUUUAAUAGUCAUUGUGUUGGGUGUAGGACAUUGGUUGUAUAGUAAGAAAUAUUUAAAUGGUAUUGUAACUUAAUUGUAACUGUUUUAAUACUUUUAUUGUAUAAAUUAAGGGAUGCAGCAUUGUUUUACAAAAACAAAACUUAAUUUAUGUAAUUAUAAUAAAAUUCAUGAACAUGGUUUGGGAUAAAUAUUUCCACAAUUCCAUCUACAAAAACAACUUUUACAGUAUAUAAUAGUCACUGUAAUAUACCUAAUGUGCAAUAAUGAUUUACUUAACUUAUUAGCUGUAACUGGAAAUGAUGAAUUUAUACUUCUUUAUAAAAGUUCAGUGUAAUUUCGUAUGGUAUUUAUUAUUCUGGAAGCUUUAUAAAAAAUUGUUAUAUAAAAUUACAUUUCGAAGAAAUAUACA